AAUGCCUGAUUCAACAGGGCCAAAUCCCCUGGCCGCAUUCUACAGGCUCUGUGGCACCCGUUCUAACACCUUCCACCUUAGAAACUGCCAAGCUUUAGAAUAAAAGUAAAAUAAAAUAAUUUAGUAGGCCAGUUAAAAAAACUUUUUUAAAGCUCUCACGCUUAGACCUGGAUCAGCUGAUUCGACACGACCCUGGCAGCAGGAACAGUUUCCCGCCAAGACAAGAAAGGAGAUGUUGAAAGUGCAAGCGCGAAUAGACCGUCAGCCGAGCUGGUGAAGAGGGCACAGAGUGGAACGGAUGCAGCUGGUGCCUCCCGGGAGCGCCUGCGGGUGGGCGGCCACGUGGGGCUUAGAGGGGGGCUCUGCUCCCUCGAAGGGGAGGGCGUCGGAGACGCUUUGCCCUGCUCGCUGGCCUCGCAGACUCCAAAAUCCAAAGAGGGGGAGAACUUGGCACUUGACCUGGGUUUGCCUGCCGACAGACAGGACUGACCACUUAUAGGACAGACACACUGUCUUCCACUCUGGGGGACACAGUAGGACCCCACGCCAAACAGGACUUAACAUGUUUUCACUUUGUUCAUUGUCUAGGGUUAUGAGAUGCUGCGGGGAGGAAGUGAUUAGACGGAUUGAAGAAACUGAAAUUGUUGACCGUCUAGUAGGCACAGAUACAGGCCGUUAUGGUUUUUUUGUGUUUGUGAAUCCCACAGCACUUUGAUUACAGUGUGACUGGCUUUACCAGUAAACUGAGGUAGUCAAGUGCCCAGGGAUUGCCGCUGGACUUGUGAAUUAUUUCGACAAUUGUCUACUAGAAAGAGAAUGGACAGUAGCUUCACAGCAGUUACUCAAAACUUGUUUUAAGAGAAAAUUGUUGAAUCUGUGCUUCCCAUUGGGGCUUAAUUUUUCAAGUAUUAUUUUUAUAAAUCAAGACGUAGAAAAAGCCAAAAUAUCUAAAUGAAAUAGCGAAUAGACCGGUCUGGUGAAGGGGGCACAGAGUGGAACGGAUGCAGCUGGUGCCUCCCGGGAGGCAUUGAAUCUUUUACUGCGUUAGGUACUUUAUUUUUGCUUACUUGACUCACAAUAAGCGUAAGGUAGAUGGUAGUGACAUUUAAUAGGUGAGCAUUCUUUUUUUUUUGUCUUUUUGAGAUGGGGUCUUGCUGUGUAGUUCAGGCUACCCAAGAGCUCACUUUGUAGCUGUAAAAACUUUACAGCUGCUACACUGUGAUUGAUACUUCUAACUUUAUUAUGGUAUAAAUGGGGCAGCAAGUGUUCGCAGGUAUAAUUUUUGUAGUUUGCCAAUGUAUUGAUUGCUAGGCUUUUAGGUUCUCGUCAAGGUAGUAGAUUACCUUUUAUUAGCAAGUUAACUUUUAAAUACUUGUAACAAGAAAUGAACACUCAGUUUACUGAAAGUUGAUGCCUUUUUUAUGAUAAAGCCAUCUUUGCUAUGUUAGAAGACACGUUUUCAGAAGAAGACAUCUGGGAAUACAAAUCUAAAAGAAAACCAAAACCAGUACAUACAAAUAAUUGCACUGAAAAUAUCCCAAAAUCUGUUGAAAAACCAGCAGAUGGAAAAUGCCAAUCAAAACGAAAAGGAAGAAAAGCAAGAACCAUAGAAGCUCAAGGGAAGGAGAAAGAACAUGAAAUAGACCUUGGAGAAAGCCAGACUGUUGUAGCUUCUAGUCAGAAUUCCAGUUGUGGAGAUGAUACUCAGUUGUCCCAGAACAAAGAGACUACUCCAAGAAAGCGUUGGAGGACUCAUAAAAACAGACAAGCGUCCCCAAAGAUACGUCCAGUUUAUGAUGGACACUGUCCAAACUGCCAGGUGCCUUUUUCUUCAUUACUAGGUCAGACACCUCGGUGGCAUGUUUUUGAAUGUUUGGAUUCUCCACCAAUCUCUGAUACAGAGUGCCCAGAUGGUCUUCUGUGCACCUCAACAAUUCCUUCUCAUUAUAAGAAAUUCACUCAUCUUCUGCUUGCUCAGAGGAGGGCUGGCAAUGAUCCCGUCAGUGACGUACCACAUGUGCCGGCUGGGAGUUCCAGUGAGACCAAGCCAGCUUUUUCUUUUACCUAUGAGGAAAAAUGGUCUCUGCCUCAGAAACAAAUUGAGAACUUAAAAAAUGUUUCAAAUGAUCCUAUGUUGAAGACAAAGAAUCUAAAAACAUCUCAGCUUACAACUCAGACCAGUAAAAAGGUUUCCUCUUCUACAAAUACUCAAUCAUCCCAGCAAGCUCUAUUACAGUCUACAGAACUGGUUAAGAGUGAUAAACUGGUAGGAGUUUGUUUGGCUCUUACUGGGAAAGAAUCAGAGAGCCAAAGCGCCUCACAACACACAAAUUUGCCAUUAUCAGAAAAUGACUUCAGCAGCUGUAAAAUCUCCUAUUCCCCACUUCAGAGUGAUGAGGAAACUUACGAUAUAAAUGAAAAGCUGGGUGAUUCACAGCAGGAACUAUUUCCUACCAAAAAUUCUAAAGAUAGCAGCCUAGAAGACCACGACAGCUCUACUGAGUUUAAAAACCUCCAUGGUCAUUUACUGGGGAAUCCAGAGGAAAUCUGCCUCAAAAUGAAUAGCUUCUUAACUCAAGAUAAGUACAGUGAAGGACUACAUAUGUGCAGUGGUCCCAGUGAUUCAUUUUAUUUUGCUUCCCAAGCUAAGAGUGGCAUCUCAUAUGAACCAGCAUUCACUAAUAAUGAUUUUCUGAUGUGUUCACCUGCAUUCUCAGGGGAACUCCCUGCUUCUAAUUAUCAAACCCCUAAAGCAAAACCUAAUGAGCCAGAAUUUCACUCAUCUCAAUCAAAUCAACAGAAACAGGUAAUUGUAGAAUCAGCUGUUUAUAAUCGAGGUUCUCUGGCAUUAGUCAAUUAUGACUUGUCAAAAUCUUUGGAAAGUCAGGGAGGACAGUAUCUUUGUUUGCAUUCAAGCGAGGGAAAAAUUAGAGCACUAUCAAGUGAGAACUUCUGUGCUAAAAACAAUGCCAAUUCAGUAUGUGUCUGCAGAAAGACAUUAGAUGGUAUGCCAAACAGUAAAAUGACACUUUCAAGUACAGGAAAAUCUAGUACAUCUACUGCUGCUAAGUCUUCUUUGGAAAAAUUGUCUUCUAGUCCUAAAGACAAUGCAAGACAUUUUAGCAAGGUAAUGAAACAAACGGAUAUAGGUGUGUAUUUUGGACUACCACCCAAAAGAGAAGAAAAGAAAUCACUGGAGGAAAGUACAGUAGAAAUGAUUAAUUUAAAUCCAGUUUCAAGCCCUAAUAAAAAGAGGCCCCGGCAGUACAAAAGGAAAGCAGAAAGAUCUUUAAGUGACUUAGAAUUUGAUGCAGAGAAUUUAAAUGAUAGUCAGUUCUCUGUGGAACUGUCUCAUGAGAAGUCACAGCGUCAAAGAAAGAGACGUAAAAAGUCAAAUUCACAGGAAGAAGCACAUCCGAAGAGAUCAGGGGAUCUUAUUAACAGAACAAAAUUGGGAUCUGGGACAGUCAAAUUAAGGGAAGAUAAAGUCUUCAUAAAAUCAACUCCUGGCAGGCUGCAGAAAGACAACGUGAAAGUUUCAGAGUCACCUAAUGCAGGGGAAUUAAGAAAAAGGACAUGUCCAUUCUAUAAGAAAAUACCCGGAACUGGCUUCACUGUCGAUGCCUUUCAGUAUGGUGCAAUUGAAGGCUGUACAGCCUAUUUCCUCACACAUUUUCAUUCUGAUCACUAUGCUGGGCUGUCCAAAAACUUCACAUUUCCAGUUUACUGUAGUGAGAUAACCGGCAGCCUAUUGAAAAACAAGCUUCAUGUGCAAGAACAGUAUAUCCACACAUUGCCGAUGGACACUGAAUGUAUUGUGAAUGGUGUCAAAGUCAUUUUGCUUGAUGCCAACCACUGUCCAGGUGCUGCUAUGAUUCUUUUCUGCCUUCCUGAUGGCACUGUUGUGUUACACACCGGAGACUUCAGAGCGGAUCCCAGCAUGGAGCAUUCCCUUCUUUCAGGCCAUAAAGUCCACGUGCUGUACUUAGACACUACAUAUUGCAGCCCAGAAUAUACUUUUCCAUCUCAGCAAGAGGUUAUCCAGUUUGCCAUCAACACUGCCUUUGAGACUGUAACUCAAAACCCACGUGCUCUUGUGGUCUGUGGCACUUAUUGUAUUGGCAAAGAGAAAGUCUUCCUAGCCAUUGCCGAUGUUUUAGGUUCAAAAGUGGGCAUGUCUGAAGAAAAAUAUAAAACAUUACGCUGCCUCAAUAUAUCAGAAAUUAAUUCCCUCAUCACUACAGACAUGUAUAAUUCUUUGGUUCACCUUCUCCCAAUGAUGCAGAUUAAUUUUAAGAAUUUACAAAGUCAUUUGAAGAAGUAUGGUGGAAAAUACAACCAGAUUUUGGCUUUUCGACCGACAGGAUGGACCCAUUCUAAUAAGUUAACUCGCAUAGCAGAUGUUACUCCCCAGACCAAAGGAAAUAUUUCAAUAUAUGGAAUUCCUUAUAGUGAACACAGCAGCUACCUAGAAAUGAAACGUUUUGUCCAAUGGCUGAAGCCUCAGAAAAUCAUUCCUACUGUAAAUGUUGGCACCUGGAAAUCUCGGAGCACAAUGGAGAAGCACUUUAAAGAAUGGAAGUUUGAAGCUGGAUAUUGAUGAUACAGUAGAGGACUCAAGAGAAGUUAAGUGUCUUGGAUGUAGCUUGUUAGUAGUUAAGUCUGUAGUAAUAUGAAAUACAUGUUGAUAUAAACCCCCACAUGAAGAUCACUCAUACAGUUUUUCUCAUUUAUAUUCGAAUAACAUAUUCAUGGUACUUAAUGCCUCUCUGCGUCAUCAAAGAUAACUGAGUUGAAUCUCCCUAGCAUCCUUAAUUUUUUUUCCUUCCCUCCAUGGAGAGAGGGUCACAUUCUGCACCCAGCCUUAGGGAAAGAAACAAAAGCAGGUUCAGGGACCAAAAAGAGUCAUAGUACUGGAUAACUAGACUGAAAGCAUAAUAUGUAAGUAAUUAUGUAUCUUUAAAAUUACAAUAUAAAAUUUUUAUAUAUAACAUUAUUUUAAAUAAAAAUUGUUAUGAAAUAUG